AUGGCACCAACACUUGACCCCAAGGCCUCGCCCACCGCCGAGGAGCUGUUUGACAGCCUGACUAUCGACGAUCAAAAGCAAUCGCGCCCCAGUGGAGGUCCAUCUUCGACGAACCGUCCUGACCAGCCUGGCCGCCGCGGCCCUCCGCCACCUGGACACCGCCCGUCGAGAUCCCAGGAAGAGGCCAUGAGACAGCGACGUCUCCAAGGCAGCAACGGUGGACCUCCCCGACCGUCUGGGUCACAGGCAUCGCCUCCACGUCGACCUCGGGAACGUCGACCGCGUAGGAACUCGGACUCGUCUGUCCUGAUUGACGUUGAAAAGCCCCUCACCGAGGAAGAGAAGAAGGCAAAGGAAGCCCGACGUCGUGAGAGAGAGCGCCGCGCCCGGGAAGGAAAGGAUAAGGACCCCAAGAAGCCCAGUCGCAGGCUUGACAUCAUUGAUCAAUUGGACGCCACCAGUAUCUACGGCACAGGAUUAUUCCAUCACGACGGGCCCUUCGAUGCGGCCAACCCGCACCGCAACCGCAAGGGCAGUCGACGCGCACCGAUGCACGCCUUCGCCAAAGACUCGCUGAACAUGUCGCUCGGCGGCUCCGGUCCGCUUAACAAGCGUCCCGAUCACGCCACUUUCUUGGGCAACAACGAUGGCGACGCCUCUGCUGAUUAUGCCACCGCCGCCGCGCGAAACGCCGAGCGGAAGAUCGACCCGGCUGUGUUCGACCCCAGAUCCCGCGGCUCUAUCGUGUACGGCGAGGAGUCGUUGGGUCUCGGCGCCUCGACGUUCCUCGAAGGUACUCCUGCAGCCCGUGCCGCAAUCCAGCGCACUCAGGCUGAGCAAGCUCAACAGACUGCUGCCGAGGGUCUCGGACGCAGCAAGUCAAUUGCCCAGCGUAUCCGUGGCAUCAAGCGAGAGCCGCGCGAGUACGGUCCUUCUGGCCGCAUCACCAACCCCGAAGGUGCCUACACUUCACGCAGAUCGCCUGACGGCCACGGCCCUGCCACUAGCGUCUCGUACACGGGCGAGCGGAACCCCUUCUUUUCAGAGUACGGAAAGGAGACAGAGACGAUUUCGGUCCGACGAAACGACGCCAAGUCGCCUGGUACCCCACCGCCAGUUCCUCGACGGGGCUCUGCUAACGGCCUCGAGCGCCGUGCUACGUCUGACGUUACCUCACCUACCGAGGAGGGACCUAGCAAGCCUUCUGGUGGCUUUCUAGCCAGAGUCAAGAGUCUGAAGGGUGGCGGCCGAAAACGUCAAGCUUCGGACGUUAUGGUACCACCACCCCCGGCGCCUGGAACUGCCGCCUAG